AUGGAAACCAGACGCCACCGAAGCUAUUUUGGGGACAACCCACGCUGGGCAGGAGUAGAUUUCUACAGCAUGUCACACUCGCACCCAGCAUCGCGCCCCAACACAGAAACUCUACAGAAUACCUUAGCAGCAUCCGAUGCCAAUGAGCUACCGAGAUACGCGCUCUCCGCUCCCCAAGCAAAAUUCAUUUCUCUACACUGCCGAACAGCGGGGGUGGUGCACGCGCUCGAGGUCGGCACUCUUGGCGCGUACUCCGCCAUCUGGAUGGCGAGCGAGAAUCCCCAACUCCAUGUGACUACUGUUGAGUAUGAUAAGCAUCACGCUGAGGUGGCUAGAGCAAAUAUCGCCCAGGCUGGGCUGGAGUCUCCUUCGGGGGAAGUCCAAAGAGGCGAGCGUCCCCGGUUUGGAUUUGUGUUUAUUGAUGCAGAUAAGGUAAACAAUUGGGGUUAUUUCCAGCUGGCGAAGGAUAUGGUCCGGCCAACCUCGGUUAUCUGUGUGGAUAAUGUUGUUCGUGAGGGGCUACUGGUAGAUUCAUAUGUGGCGGAUCCAUCGGUCAGAGGCUCGCGAGAGGUUGUUGAGAAGGCGGGCACCGAGCCUGGUGUUGACUCGGUCGUUUUGCAAACUGUUGGUGAAAAAGGGUAUGAUGGUUGGCUGUGGGCUGUGAUCAGUUGA